AUGCGUCUUCGCGACAUUUUGAUAGUAGGCGUCGCCAUAAUCUUCUGCAUCUUUGGAUGGUACCAGGAAGGUGGCCUCGCCGUAUGGCGGGGCUUCAAGAUCCCUGUUAGCGACUUUGAGAUUCAGCGCUAUGUGAUGAGCAAGCCUGUGGUGCUCGACCUGAUGGGAGAUGGUAAUCCAGUUCUACUCGCAAGCACUUUUUACGGGUACUUGGAGUUGUUCAAGACACACUUGGCACGAGGCAACUCCGAGAACGUAUAUGUUUCAAUCGCUCCAAACCUUCAGAAGGUGUUCUACUCCCGUGUUGUUGCUAUUGGCACAGGAAAACUCACUAAAACGAGUGACACCCACGCAAUUGUCGUGAUCACGGACGACUUUAGGGUGCAUCGGCUCUCCCCUGAGGACCUAUCGGAGAUGUGGGCUGUUCCUUUGACUAACACGUGGACCGAGACGUAUCACGCAUCUGUUAGCGUCGUCCCGGAGCGUGUCUACGAGCAGGAUGAGGGCACUGUUAUUGUGGCGAUACGUGUCAUCGGUCCGAAUGAGACAGAGUUGAUGAUGUUUGCAGCCUUCAACGGUGCCGAUGGGCAGGUACGGUGGCGCUAUACAUCUGACGCUGAGAAUUCUGUUGAGGAGGUACUAGGCACAAAUGGAGAAACCGACGUGGAGCGGCUCCUUCCCAACAGCACGGCGCUCUUGAAGAGGCCGACGGUGCAGAAUCCAUACCGCAUGUAUGAAAAGCCCUGGACAUAUUUUCGCGAGGCCGUCAUUACAGUUCUUCCGCACCGCUACGCCCACCCAUGGGACGAGCACCUCCAGCCACAUGUCUUCUUCCAUGCAAAGAACCGCAAGAAGCGCAACUUCCGGGCGGGGAACAGAGUGGUGGUUAAGUACAAGGACCGCAUUAUCCGUAUGAACAAAGAGGACUACGGUGCACUUGGCGAAAGGCUCGGCGUGAUGAACCUGCGCAGCAAAGCGGCAACUCCUACCGAGAAGACUCCCCGGCGGAACGCGAACGCGGUGGUGUUUCACGGCAAAAACGGUAUUGAUGUCCUCCACCUGUAUACUGGCAACGUCAUAACACGUGUGGCCCCGCUGAAGUCUUCAGGUGUCUACUACCACGACAUUAAUGACGACUUCCAAAUCGACGCUAUUGGGACACAGAUUGGCCCACGGACGCAAAUGCAUUCCCGACACGGUGUGGAUCUCAUAGAUGACUGUCUCGGUGUGAUUCACGCUGGGGCUCCAGUCGCGGAGGAUCACCUUUUCAACGCGACUAUCUGUGACACGGAGGGCCUCCUUGGCCGUCUUGUUCUUAUCCACCACUUUAUUGACGGUGAUGUGCGGGAAGAGGAGGCACCACACGCACUCAAUACCCUUGAGCUGAUCGGGAGCCACAACGUUGUUUCAAAGAACACCCGAAGUGUGACACCGCUUGUGGUGCAACUACACACAACGAAGGGGCGAGACCUGUUUCAAGUUGAAAGACACGCAGUGUUCAUGAUAGACACAGGCCUUGUCACCUGCGUUGAUCCCUCGCGUCGUCGCGUUAUUUGGCGCGCACAGACCGACUCUUUUUUCCCCGGCCUCCGCGAGGCACAAGAGGCGGAGGUCGGUAUGGCGGGCCUCUCGCGGCGCGAGCGCGAGCACCGCACCGUGGUGUUUCCACACCUUGCGGCCUAUAGCUUUUACCAAAGCAACGACGACACCGUUGACCACGUUGGUGGAAUGGGGCGGUACCACAAGACAGAUCCAUUCAUUGUUGCAGUAGGGGAGAAAUACAUGAGCGUGCUGAGCGCAAAGAACGGCCGUGUAUUGCGAACGGUAGAGCUGGAGUUCCCACCUGUGGCCCCUAUCAUUGUGCAGGACUUUAACGGUGACGGUAUCAACGAUAUUAUCGUUGUUACAAAACAAGGGAUCUACGGUUUUGUUGUUGGCACACAGACGUCAUCCGACACAAUCACGGCGCUGAUGAUUCUCAUGGUUGGUCUGCUGGCUGUGCUUUUUGUUGUGCGCGAGGUGAGUGCCGCAGAUGAAGGCGAUGCGGAGCUCCUCCCCACCAGUGUGCAUGACGUUUCCCGAGCAGGGCGCAAAGCGGUGAGACGCGCAACUGAUUAA